AUGAUGUUCUUUUCCUUCUUCCAGACGCUAGUCGAGCGUCAAACUCAAAUCAUGGUCGAGUUGAAAAACGACCUGCAAAUCACCGGUUCCCUCCACUCGGUGGACCAGUUCCUCAACAUCAAGUUGAAUAACGUCUCGGUGGCAGAUCCGGAGAAGUGCCCACACCUACUCUCGAUCAAGAAUUGCUUCGUCCGAGGUUCGGCCGUUCGAUACGUUCAUCUGCCUCCUUCUGCGGUUGAUGUGGGCCAGCUGCAAGACAUGUGUCGCCGAGAGAGCGCGAGUGGACACGACCGAGACAAAAAGUAG